AUGCUCGACGAGGAAAAGGAUGAUGCCGUCGCCGACCUGCCCAACCACUGCAGCGGCGCAGUGCCCGUAGACGGAGAUGACCCAGCAUACAUGGUGCGCUGGGACCCCAGCGAAGACGCAAACCCACAGAACUGGAAACCAAUUUAUAAAUCAUGGAUCACCUUCCAGUUGUCUCAGCUUGCCUUGGCGGCGAGUGUGACUUCGUCGAUGAUUGCGCCGGCGAACCAUAUCAUUGCCGAGUAUAUUGGUGUUAGUGAUACGGUGGCGGUUCUGAACGUGUCCCUGUUCGUGGUCGGCUUUUGUGUUGGUCCUUUGCUAUGGGGCCCUCUGAGUGAGGUCUUCGGCAGGAGAGUCUCGCUGAUACCUCCCAUGGUCGCUCUUGCGUUGUUCUCUGUUGGUACUGGUUUCAGCAGAAACGCAGCUUCCGUCUUCAUUACGCGCUUCUUCUCAGGAGUGUUCGGUUCCGCGCCAGUCAGUAAUGUGAAUGCUGCUCUCGGUGAUUGCUUUAGCCGUGAAUCACGAGGCCUACCUGUCAGUCUAUAUGCCGUGGCGGUGGUAGGAGGCCCAACUCUCGGCCCGGUGAUCGGAGCAGCGCUCACUGUCUCACUCAAUUGGCGAUGGACGCAAUACAUUGGCGCGAUCUGGGUGGCUGCCUCAACAUUUGUGUGUUACUUCUGUCUCCCAGAGGUUUACGGUCCAUAUCUUCUCGGAAAGAAGGCGCAACGGUUACGCAACGAGACGGGCGACCAGAGGCUGUGGCACCCACAUGAACGAAUUAAGGUCGACGUCGGAUCGAUAAUCACAAAGCAGCUUUCGCGACCAAUCAAGAUGUUGACGACCGAACCAAUGGUUACGUGCAUCUGCUUCUACGCCUCAUUCGUGUUUGCGAUACUCUAUCUUACCUUGGAGGUUUUUACAAUCAUAUUCCGGGACAUACGCCAGUGGUCGGUAUUCAAUGCGUCCUUACCCUUCCUUGGCAGCUUCACGGGUAUUGUUCUUGCGCUGGUGAUCAAUGUUGGCAAUCAGCCAAGGUAUAAGCGCAUCUCACGUGAAGCAGGUGGCAAGGCAGUGCCCGAAGCCCGCUGCCCACCCAUGGCCAUAGGAGGCACUCUCAUGGUCAUCGGACUCUUCCUUCUGGGGUGGACGGCCGAUCCAAGAUACCACUGGAUCCUCCCCGUCGUUGCAACUGGGUUCAUUGGCGCUGGCUUCAACACGACGUUCCAGCAAUGCUUGAACUUCCUGGUUGACACGUACGGUAUCUAUGCUGCCUCAGCAACGGCCGCCAACACCUUCUUACGAAGUCUGUUCGCUGCAGGUUUGCCCUUGGCUGCGAGGCCCAUGUUCAAGAACCUUGGAGUUGGACCCGCUUGUUCGGUAUUGGGCGGCAUUGCCGUUGCUCUGCUCCCUGUCCCUUUUCUCUUCAUGCGCUACGGGCUCCAGUUGCGAAAGAUGUCGAAGUUCGCACCGGUGGAAGAGGACGAUGAAAAGAAGCCGGCUCCGCCCACUUGA